GAAACAGUCGAAACAUCAUACGCGUUUUGUCUCCGAAGAUCACACCAAGAGAAAAACUAAUAUACAGGAAUGUCGAGCGACACCCCAAACCUGCAGAAGCCGUCGGGCUCCAAGCGAGUCUCUGGCGAUGAGCCAGUGUUUAUUCGAAGUCUCGUAGCGUCACCGCCACUGCACGAAGGGCCGGCGACGGCGGUCGUUGAAGAGCCGGCCGAGGCGUCUACGGCGCCCGAUGCGCGCAGUGGUGCAUGGGACGCGCACCUCGCGCAACUCCUCCACAGCAUGUAUCUCGUUUCCUUCACCGAAAAGGCUCAACUCGGUGCGAUGUACAGUCGGAACGGCGCUGCUGCAGCGCAACCAGCUGUGAAAGCUGGCAGCUCCGCGGCUGACGCAACGUCGCAGGUGACGAACAGCAUCGAUUCAAGCUUUUCCGCUUCGGCAGCUCCCGCCAACGUAGAGAUACCAAUGUGUAGCCAUAGCAUCACCGUAGAUGAGCGUUGGUUGAACGCCGUGACACGCCACUGCCACUUUACCGUCACCCUUGACGACGUGGCCAGAGUUGCGAUGGUGUUUCCGGAACUGCUGCGGGUGCGGUGGACGAUGGAGGAGCAGAACUGGAGUACCACUGCCGCGCCCUAUUUUGAUGAGCUGUUAGAGCAUCCGGCAGGAGCUCGCAGCAACGUCUCUGCUACAACACAAUGCGACAACUCGCAGCUAGGCACCGCUGCUACAAUUCCACUCGGUGGGAAAUUGAUCGCUCGGGUUUAUCUGUGCCAAAAUCGUGUUGUGUCUGUUGAGGAGGCGGCGGAGCAGCUGACGCGGACUCUCCGCCUAAAAGGCAGCGUGGCCGCUCAGCGGGCAUGGAAGGCGCUGGUGAAUCACCACACCGGAUACGCCGCGUACGUGGACGGGCCGGGAAGGAGUCCCCGCGUCUCGAAGACCUCGACAAAUGAUGCCACGUUGACAACAGACUCCUUACAAAGCAGUGCCUCGCUGUCGCAGAGAGAGGCGCGAAAACGCAACGAGAAGGAUGCUCAACGAAACGAUAGCACGCUCGACGACGAAGCCUUGUGUGGCACGAUUUCUGCUGAGCUUCGGGCUUCCCUUUCCGCGCCGAAGCUGAGGGCACUUCUCCGGCAGAUGCGCAAGGAUGCGACGCACGUGGAGGAGGCGGAGCAGCACCUCAUUGCACAGCGGCAGCUGCAGGAGCGCAUGCUGAACGCCUACGAGCACGUCCGUGCGCUCUAUGGACCAAAAGACACCCGAGGACGAUCUGCACUGACCCUCGUCGCCGCUAUGCAGCAAGAGAGCCGCUUUGAGGACACACUGGACAGUACGGCGUUGCUGUCCUCGCUGCUUGCGAUACCCGCCUCCGGGCUGUCAGCGACGAUGCUGUGCGAGGGCCGUGUAGUGGUGGAACCUGUAACGCGGCAAGCGCAACCAACCGCCAUGAAAGGAGUGCCCCAAGGUGGCAAGCGCAAGCGGGCAGAGGAGGACGAAGCAACGCGUAACGUGGACAAUUCACCUGUGGCAGUUCGCGUGAUGGAACCGUCGCUGGAGCCGGCGACAGACCUGCGAGGGCUUACGGAUGCACAGCUGGAGCUCGUGCUGGUCCGUCUGGAUCGCACCAAAGGCUCCGUAAGGGGGGUCAUGCAGGCCGUCGCGCGGGAGAAAGGGUAG